CCAAAAAGUUGCAUGCUGGGAAGAUGGGCGACACUGAGGAUGCUAACGUCGUUAGUAACGUGGACUGAGAGGACGGGGAACCAAGUCGUUCUUGCGGCAAAUGACAUCAAUCGUGUUUCAAAGUGUAGAUUCGUCCAAGCUACCAGGGUAAAUUAUCCGUCGAUAGAACAUCACCACCCAUCUGGAUAUCUCUCUCCUGCGUUGACAUCAUGUGUGGUGUGCAGUGCCCCAGCGGUGGACUAGCCCGUGUACUAUGCUGUGGCUGCACUUCGGCCCGGGCCUCCUGAGCAGCAUCAUCAUCCCCUCGCCCCUCUGCCCACGACACGCCUGCCGCCCUAGUGUCCUUGCCCUCACCGGCAUGUACACCACCCGCCUCUACAGCUCAGGAGGUGGGGGAGGAGGAGGGGGAAAGCCAGGGCACUGGCCGGGCCUGGGGGGUAGAGGGCUGCCCAUGCUGGAGAACCACCACCCCCACCACGUGCACACUCCAACCCCCAGCUACCCGCCCCUCUACCAGGGGCGCCCUGACCCUCACCGGGGGCCCCACUUCCACAGUCACCACCACCAGCAGCACUACCACCCGCACCUGCCUCUGCCUCCCCCCAUCCCUCUGUACGCCCACCUGCACCACCACGCCACUGUUGGCGCCGCUGGCAACAAGAAGAAGACGUGGAACUUCAUCCACGAGAAGAUGAGCUACGACACCUUCUUCACCAUGAAGAGGCUGAUAGAGCGCUCGCAUCGGGGCGAUGAGGUGCUGCGCUGGGUGACGCAGAACCCGGGCAAGAUCUCGCACAACCACUACUCCAUCGCCCUGCAGAAGAUCGGCCAGCUACUACAGGCCGGGGCUGCAGGAGGGGGCGGUGGUGACUCGGAGGCAGCCCUGGUUCCCAGAGCCGGUGGAGGAGCUGAGAACGAAGGCAGACAGAUCCUGGAGCACCAGGAUUUCCAGACACUGUGCAACGCCAUCGUGAGCGACUGUGUCAAGUUCGACAACUUCAGCAUCGUCAACUGCCUCUACGCUGUGGCUGCACUAGGCCUUCCCAGCGACUCGCAGGUGGUGCAGGUGCUGGAGGCAGAGUCACAGUCGCGGCUGGACCAGUUCAACCAGAAGGAUGUCUCCAUGGUGUUCAGCUCCAGCAUGAAGCUGCACCCCAGCAGCCAGCACCCCCUGACCGAGGCCUGCCUCGCAGGCUUGGAGAAGAACCUGGAGCGGGAGCGCCACCCGCAGACCCUCUUUCUGCUACUCUCCUACUACCGGCUCAAGUGGCACUCGCUGCAACCCACCGACACUACGACGGCCGGGAACGUCGCCAAUGUACGCCCCAACCCAGAGCAGCUUCUGGCCAACAGGAAGAUCCUGCGACUGGUCAAACACACACUGGCUAGCGUAAGUGGUGUGCGUGACCAGGAGAUGGCGCUGCUGGAUGAGAUGCUGGCUGUGUGUGCACGUGAAGCUAGCAACAAGAGCCUAGAGCUCAUCUUCAGCUCGCACCUCUUCUACCAGAACAGGCAGGAGAGGUUUGUGUGCAGCCUGGCUGAGCAACUGCCUGAAAAAGUGGACAGCAUAACCCCAUUCACCAUGGCCCUCAUUGCCAAAUACAUCGCCCGCCACCGGCUCAGAGAGGUUCGACUUCUUGACACCAUCGCUGAUUUUCUGGUCAAAAAGGGCGAAUACCUGGACAGCAAGGUUAUCCAGAAACUGGUGUUCCCCUUCAGCCGGAUGAACUACCUGCCGUCCAACAAGGUCCAGUUCUUCUCCAAGCUGGAGGUGGUGCUGGAGCUCAAGGCCCUGAGCUCCCCGUUAGCCACCGUCAAUAUCCUCAUGUCCCUGUUCCAGCUGGGCCACUUUCCCGGCCUGGUGCUGCACAGGGUCUUCUCCACUGCCUUCAUCAACAACGUCACCAACAGUCCUUAUGCUCUGAUCGUGCUUCGCUACUUGUCUCUGUUGGACGCAGCGGUUGAACUGGAGUACCAGGACUACACCGGUCCACGGCUCCAGGACACGCACAAGGUGCUCAUGUUUGACCACGCGCUGACCGCUGAUGAGGUCAACCGCAAAUACAGCUACAAGGGUCUUGUAGCUGAAGCCCUCAGACAAUUGGUUGGAGAGCAAGGCUACAAGCAAGAUGAAGUCCUGGCCCCUGGGUAUUACACAGACUUCCUGCUGUGGAUUGAUGGCUCUGGCCGAGUUCUCCCUAUCCGGACAGGGGCAGGGACCUCCCUAGGUAUGGCCCCCAAAACCCCAGAAGGAUCCGCAGCCGUGACAGCCCUCACUUCAGACUUUCAAAAGUUCUCCCCCUUCGCCCCACUAGAGGUAGGGAGGGACCAGCGACCCGUCCAGGGGGAUGAUGCAGUGAACUUUCUGCCCUACCACAUGCAGCGAGUGGCAAACCCUUCCUCGGCCCAGAGGACGGGCCCUAACAGCGGGGGCCCUCUGGACUACAACCCUUACUUCACGUCGGCCGAUUACUACUCCAGCCUGGCCAAGGAGCACUCUUUGGAGAGCCAGGACAGCUCCACGCUCAGCAGCCCUCCCUCAGACAGCCUGGCACAUCCAGGGGCCUCCGGGGUAGGGGGAUCUGCCACGGCUGCCCCCAAUUCCCUCUUCCAAUUCUCCAUUGGAAAAAUCCUGGAGGAUGAGGGAGGGGUGCAGGUGGGGCCGGCGAGUCAGGGGCUUCCUGCAUUCUAUGAGGCAAACGGGGACGUGAAGCCCACCUCACCACUUCGACUGCACCCGGCUGAUCGAGCUGGGGACCAGCGGCAGCUCAAGAGAGUGGUUAUGUCGGUGAAUGACAAGUGGCACUACUGUCACAACUCUGAGGUGCUGGUGGGCUCCCGGGCCAUGAGAGACCGUCACCUGCUGCUCCUGGGAUACGUCAUUCUGCAGCUGCCCUAUCAUGAACUGGAGAAGCUGAAUGGUAUAGAGGAGGUGAAGCAGUACCUCCACAAAAAGCUCCUGGAGGUCCCCUUAUGACAACAAAAGACUUGAGUGUGUGUUUGUGUGCGCGAGUGUAUGCCAUUUUGGCGGCUUGGAAUAGGACGGUUAUUGGUGGGAUUGGGAAAGUUUGAGGUGGAAGACAAACCCUGGUCAAAGUCUGAAACGGAAGAGUUUCUGGCAACUUGCAUUUAUCAAAAUGGCGCCAGCCUAUUUGCAACCAGUCCCCAGUUGAUGGCAUGUGUAGUGUCAGGUUGCCACGCUUGUUGUCAAUGCAAUCUUGUCAUUGUCACUUCACAACGGUUCAAAUCUAAUUUUAUUGGUCACGUACACAUAAUUUGCUAAUGUUAUCGCAAGUGUAGCAAAAUACUUAUGUUCAUAGCUUCAACAGUACAGUAAUGCCUAAAAAUACAAAAACAGUACAUGAAAAUCUAAAAGAAAGGAAUUAAGAACAAAAUAAAUAUUAGAAUGAGCAAUGUCAGUCCGAAACCCCCAAAAAUACACCAUAUAUACAAAAGUAUGUGGGCACAAUGAGUGGAUUUGGCUCUCAGCCCCACCUGUUGCUGAAAGGUGUAUACAAUCGAGCACACAGUCAUGCAAUCUCCAUAGACAAACAUUGGCAGUAGAAUGGCUCAGUGACUUUCAACGUGGCACCGUCAUAGGAUGACACCUUUCCAACAAGUCAGUUCGUCAAAUUUCUGCCCUGCUAAAGCUGACCCAGUCAACUGUAAGUGCUGUUAUUGUGAAGUGGAAACGUCUAGGAGCAACAAUGGUUCAGCCGCAAAUUGGUAGGUCACACAAGCUGAUAGAACGAGACCAUUGAAGAGCGUAGCGCGUAAAAAUCACCUGUCCUUGGUUUCAAAACUCACUACUAAGUUCCAAACUGCCUCUGGUAACAACGUCUGCACAAGAACUGUUCAUCUUGUGCUUAAUGAAAUGGGUUUCCAUGGCCGAGCAGCCACACACAAGCCUAAGAUCACCAUGUGCAAUGCCAAGCGUCGGCUGGAGUGGUGAAGAGUCUCCUGACUUUGGAGUAGGGGAAAUCGUUCUCUGGAGUGAUGAAUCACGCUUCACCAUCUGGCAGUCUGACAGACAUUCAAGACCAUUCUGUGCUUCCAAUUUUGUGGCAACAGUUUGGGGAAGGCCCUUCCCUAUUUUGACAAUGCCCUCGUGCACAAAGCAAGGUUCAUUCUGAGAUCGGUGUGGAAGAAUUUGACUGGCCUAUGCAGAGCCCUUACCUCAUCGAUACCUUUGAAUUGGAACGCUGGCUGCAAGCCAGGCCUAAUCACCCAACAUCAGUGUCCAGGGGGGACCAACUCCAUAUUAAUGCCCAUGAUUUAGGAAUGGGAUGUUUAACAGGCAGGUGUCCAUAUACUUUUGGUCAUUGUGGUGUAGAAGCUGUUUUUCAGUCUCUCGGUCCCAGCUUUGAUGCACCUGUACUGUCUCCGCCUUUUAGAUGGUAGCGGGGUAAACAGGCCGUGGCUCGGGUGGCUGAGGUCCUGUCACACUGGUUGCUGUAGAUGUCCUGGAGGGCAGGCAGUGUGCCCACGGUGAUGUGUGGGCUCACAGCACCACCCUCAGGAAAGCCUUGUGGGUGCGGACGGUGCAGUUGCCGUACCAGGCGGUGAUACAGCCCGACAGGAUGCUCUCAAUGGUAACAUCUGUUGAAGUUAGUAGUUGUCUUAGUGGCCAAGCCAAAUUUCUUCAGCCUCCUGAGGUUGAAGAGGCGCUGUUGAUCUACGGACUAUUUCUAUCACAAAAUAUGUUCAUUUUAGAUUUUGACCAGCGUAUUUCUAUCGUUCUAGUUUUGAUCAUGGUUUGGUGUGGACGAGUGGGAAGUAAGUUGUUGUCAUUAUUAUUAUAAUAAUAGUCAUAUGGAGAUGACAAUGUUCUGGUGGUGUAUGAAAAAAUAAGUCCCUUUUUAAAAGAAACAAAUGUUUUAUUGAACUGCAGUUGUAACGCAUGUUGGGACUGUGUAAUCGGUUCGCUACGGUCGUCAGAACCGCAACAGUUCAUGCAGAUCAACUGGGUAACAUGGGGUUUAUUGAGACUAACAAAUGGGACCUCUUCAUUGUGUUUUCUAAUACUUGUGUGCAACGUAUGGUCUGUGGAUGAGGAUGGAUAAAUUAUGUUAGUGAAAAAAAAGUGUUAUAUAUUUUUGUCUUCACUAGAAUGGCUUUUCCGUUGUCCAGAACUAAGCAAUGCACGUUGGAGCAUCUAUUUUCUACUGGGUCUCUUUGUUUUGUCGUUGGUACUUGUGAAUGACUUCAUUCAGGGAGGAAUUUGUGAUUCCUUAAGUGAGUUUCCACCAUUGCAUUGACAAUUGGGAAUUGCCAGACACCAGUCUAGUUAAAUUAGGUGUAUUGCUAUGAAAGACAAGUGAAUACAGUUCAUCUGAGAACCUUUGGUUUUCUCAGUGGCAUUUGAAAUGGAACCCUGACCUAGGUUUUGCAUGAUUGAGGUAAUCCGUUAAGUCAUGCAGUGGUUUGCAUGGACAAAUUGGUGUUUGAUACUGGACUUGCUGAAAAUGACCCAUUUUAUUUCAAGUUGUCUCAAAGCGAUACAAAUAUUUGUAGAGAAAGACCUUUUUACAGGACACCAAAGACUUGGACUUUGUUAGGUAGGCAGAAAUGGCUCAUGGGAUUUGUAAUUGUGGUUUCGCCCCUGUAUUACUAGGUGUUUUGUCUUUGCUCUCAUUUAUGUAGCCGAUCAGGAAGAGAAUAGGGUAAUGCCAAGGAUUUAUAUUUACACUAGAUGACUGAGGGCACUGUGAUGAAGUCACCGUGCCGCCAUCUUGACACUCCCCAGGCAAAGCUAAAUGCAAUUGUUUUAAGGUCAUACCAAGGAUCAUUUUACUGUAAGACCCCUUGAAGUAUGAAAAAGUAAAUUAUUUGAUAGAAGAAAUGGGGCCUUACUACUUUUAGCCCAUGCAAACGCAUUGUAUAACAUUCACUACAUGAAACAGCUAGCCCCCACCCAAAAAAAAAUCUAAAGGAAGUUUGUUCUGAAGUGUCCCUUAUGUGAAAGAUCAGGAUUUGUGUUUUAAAUAAUGUUUACAUGUAUCUAACCCCUUUCUUUUUUGGCACUAUACAUUUUUUCAACUGGUACCAGGGGACCUUCAGACAAAAACAACCGACAUGUUUGUGUUCGUGAGAGUCAUCUUUCCAUAGAGGGUUCAUAAUAGUAUUUAGGCCACACUGUUCGGAUGCCACAGACAAUUGUGUGAGAAGAUGGUCUGACAAACACGGCGCUAGCUGUCUUUCACCGCAGAUGUGGAAGUGUGGAUGCGGUGGAUUGAGAUACAUCCAAUGCAUAAAUAACGGGGAUGUUUUUAUGUUGUGGACACCAACCUUACAGGGUUUAUAUUAAUGAAUGCAUUUGUAAGGAUCCAUGGGCUGUUCUGAAUGCAAGUCUCCAAAACACUGAAUGCAUUAUGCACAGGUGGUUGAGUGUUUAUUUAUUGGUAUCACUCCUGGUACAGGGGCUGUGUGUAUUAUAUCUGGGGAAAGACAAGUUUGGAGAUUGUUUAAAUAUUGAUAUGUCUGUAUAAAAGCAACAUGUCAUUUUUGUUUUGUGAAUUAUGUACAUUUUACAUAAAGACAGUAUGAGCAACCGAAAAUUGUAUGACUUAGUUUUGAAUU